AUGUCGAGAGCAACAUCAGACGAUCAGUUGAAGUUCCUGUUGAGCUGUGUCAGACACUCCAACAACGGAAAGGUGGAUUUCGUGGAAGUUGCAAACGAGUGUGGAGUUGUCAGUAAAGGAGCAGCGGCUAAACGGUAUGAGCGGCUCAUGAAAGCCAACGGCAUCCACCCAAGUGGAAAUCAAGUCGACACUACCCCCCCAAAACCCUCCGCUCCAGCAAAACACAAGGCAAAGGAUUCAUCGGAUAAGGCUGCGUCCACAAAGAAGCGGAAAAUCGAAGAUACGAAUCCCAAGGGUGAUGCCAAUACAAAUGGCAAUGCCAAAGUCAGCCGAAAAGAGCACACAAGCAAGCCAUCUACAACUCACAAGACGACGGAGCUUGAAGCACAGAGUCAUGGAGCUCCUGCGCCCACCACUGCAUCCAUGCCCAUGCCUACAGCAUCUUCUCCUUUCUUUCCACGACCUAUGCAUCCUUAUUCGUUUCCACAUCAAGGGAUGAGGCCAUCGUUUCCAGCGUACCCACCUCUUUCACAUAGUCCCGCCGCUUCUCUGCCACCUGGAAUGCACAUACAUGCGCCGUAUGCCGUUCCGCUGAAUACUCACAUGCCAGGGGCAAUCCGAGACAUGGACAACCGAAAUGGGCCCGAUCAAUACAGUAUUGCACCGGAAGCAUUCAUCCAGCCACAGGCCAUCCAUCAGAACAUGAUGCCAGCUUUUGCUGAGACAUUACCGACAAGUCUCCCUCCACCGCCUCAAGAGAUAGAACCCCUCCGGCAACAUGGAACAACAAGCUCAGUCUCAACACAACCAAAAGAAGAGCAGCAGCCGGUGGGCCACGUCGUAAUCGAUGACUGA